AUGCGACCCCUCGUCCCCUUGUUUCUCACUGCAGGCGCAACUGCGCAGAGCAUCAGCUUCGUGUACACCGCAACUUUCACGGAGACUGCUCUUGAAUUCGUAACCUUCACGACAUGCCCUUGCCCAACGAGCACAACGGGCUUGUCGACCCUUCAAGCGACGACCCCUGUCACGACGACGACGACGACGACGACGACGACGUCUACGACUCUCAGUGGACCUAUUCUUCCGUCCUCCGACACCAUCACUCCAGCCUCGUCGACCAUAACUUCCUCGCCCACCUCCAAUGCACUAGGGAGCCCAAUCUCUACCUUGUCCACCACCACGUCUUCCGGAAUUCCCGUGGUCACCAAUGACGCAUACAUCAGCGCAGCCCUGCGCCACCACAACAUCCAUCGAUCGAACCACUCGGCUGAUCCGCUCGUCUGGUCCUCUAGCCUAGCCGAUACAGCGCGCGUGAUCGCUGAGACCUGUAUCUAUGGACAUAACACCAACGUUAAUGGCGGCGGGUAUGGCCAGAACAUCGGCGCCGGCUACCCAGCCACACCUCUUGGGAUCGGCCAGUUCAUCACCGAAGGCCUGUACAACGGCGAAGUAAACAACUACGUCUACUACGGGAUGGAACCGCCGCUCAACACGUUGAGCCAGUGGGGGCAUUUCACGCAGAUUGUGUGGAAGUCGACAAACAGCGUAGGAUGCUAUACCGCGGAUUGCAGCAGUGGUGGGUUGGCGAAUGCUGGCCCACCCAUUCCGGCGUAUUUUACUGUCUGCAACUACGCGCCGCCUGGGAAUGUCAUUGGGUCAUUCACCGCGAACAUUGGCGUAUCGAUUGGUCUGGCUACGGUGUACGGGGAUUACUGA